AUGGUUUUAGACGUUGAGUCGAUUGCUAUUAUAGGGGCAGGUCCUUCAGGAUUGGCUGCUCUUUACGAAUUUCUACAUACGUCUAAAGACGGUGCGAGUUCUUUCGGUGGUAAGGAGCCUGAAGAGAAAGCUUUUAAAAAAGUAGUCGUUUUUGAACAGAAAUCUAAUCCUGGAGGUGUAUGGGCAGUCCCGGAUGAAGAAACAAUAUCUUAUUUGAAGGACCUUUAUCAAUAUAACUCACUUAAGGACAUAAUAAAAUCAAAAGAAGCCAACUUGCAAAACGCACUUAAGAAUUCCGAUACGAAAUACCCCUUGAAAGUUGAUAAAUCGAAAGACUCAGUUUCUUGGAAGGGAACACCGUUAUACAAGAAUCUUUUCACAAACGUACCGAAGAGAUUCACAAGAUUUUCAACCAGUCCAUAUAAACCUAUUGGUGAUGAUAGGGUCAUAGACCCAUUUUUGCGAGAUUAUGAACUAAGGAGUCAUAUCCAGAAUUACGUAUCUGCGAAUGAUUUGGAAAAGUAUAUUCAGUUUAAUACAGAAGUAGUUAAGGCUGUAAAAAAGGGUAGUAAAUGGCAGCUUACCCUCAAACGUGAAGAGAAAGAGGCUGGUGAUGUCGAGUUUUAUCAGAAAGAGUUUGAUGCUGUUGUGGUAGCAAAUGGUACUUUCUUGCUUCCUUACAUUCCACCAAUAGAAGGUUUGAAAGAAUACGAAGAAGCUUAUCCUGGUUCUAUCUUGCAUUCCAAAUUCUUCAGGGACUACGAGGACUAUGCGAACCAAAAAAUAGUUGUUUUGGGUAGCUCGGUGAGUGGAAUGGCUCUUUCUCAAUAUUUAAAGCCGCUUGCAAAAGAAUUUAUUCUUUCGCGUAAAGAUAGGAAGGAAACUUUAGAAUGGAUGAAUGACAUAAUUUAUUCAAAAGAAUUUACUGUGAAACCAUCAAUCAAACGCUUUAUUUCUUCAAGCAGAGAAAUUGUGUUCGAUAAUGGUUCUAAAGUUAAGAAUUUUGACAAGAUACUAUUAGCGACGGGUUAUUAUCCUUACUAUCCUUUUUUUGAAAAGAACUUUUUAUCUCUCUCGGUUUCUCCAGAUAAGAAUGGACCUGCCAAUAAUUCUAGGGUCAAGAAUCUAUACUACAAUAUUUUCAAGAUAGAUGAUCCAACAUUAGCUUUUGUUGGUUUAAUUAAAACUUCCCAACUCUUCACUGUAUUCGAAUCACAAUCUGCUGCAAUUGCAGGAGUAUGGAGUAACGCUAAACAGUUACCUUCUCUAGUUGAACAAUAUGAGUGGGAACGCAAAACAUUAGAACACACACCUGAUACUUCACGCUUCUACGUAUUUUCAAAUGAAGAUGUCAAGACUCAAUACCUUGACAGGAUUAAAACUUUCUUUCCUUUCGAAAGAAAAGGUCCUCUUAAUGAAAAUUAUUUUGAGCACUUUGAAGAUUUCAAAAAUGGAGAGAAGAAGCUUACUAAGCUUUCGCUAUCUAUGAUGAAGAAGCAAGUUGUCUUCGAAAAUGGUGAGUACAUAGAGAAAUAG